GCCCUCUCUAUGUCAAUGAAUGAACUGAGUUUGACGUUUCGCGCCAUAUCAGAUCCUGCAAUUUAUCGUAUUAUUCGUUUAGUUACGCACAGUCUGAUAGAUUUAAAUUAGUGAAGAAAUAAAAUAACCGCUGUUAAAUUGAACCGGUUGCGAUGGCUGCUUUGGAUACGUUUCCGGAACUUCCGCGCCCAGGAGAAAUAUCGUUUUGCGAGCGUGAUGGACGCAUCUGUUCUUUACCGGCUAAUGAAGUGGAUGCUCCGAGUGCAUGCAAUCUGCCGUCUUAUCCGGAGAUAAACAUUGGCCGAGAACUGUUUCAUCAUGCAUCCACCAAUAUCCGAGAAGAUCGACGCACGCUAAUGGUUCCAGUGAACGAAACACUUUUCAAGCGCGUCACACGCACUUUUUUCGAGGAAGGACUGGUGGAAGCACUGAAUGAAGCCACCAGCAGUGGCAGCGAUCAGUACAAUCCGCUGAUUGGUUCUAUGGCGCGCUAUUUGUUGGUGCUGGUUAAAUUUGGCAAUCGGAUCAAAUUCUUUCUCAAACCACACCUUGAAGAGCAAGGCGUAGACUCGAUAGGAAAGUACACCCAAACCAGGGAUUGGUCAAAGAGUGCUAUACGCUGUAUUACAUGGCAUCCAAAUUGCUUUAAAAUAGCAAUUGCAGCCUCAGACGACAGUAUCCGCGUAUACGGUGACGAACCAAGUAUUGUGCCGAUUUUAAAAAGUGGUCUGCAGAAAUCUAUUAGCUCCCUAGCCUGGAGACCAUUCGCCUCUGGCGAACUGGCUGUUGGCUGCCAGAGCGGGGCCUUGGUGUGGAACAUCGAUCCGAACAGUUUAAUAACUAGACCACUUUCCCAGGCCGUUCAGCUGCGUUAUGAGAAUCAUUUUCCUGUUACCUCGGUAGAGUGGAGUCCAAACGGAUGCCUGUUGGCAACUGCUAGCAUAAACGAUACGGAUGUACUGGUUUGGGAUGUGGAACAGAACAGAAAAGUUCCCCUGCGACGUGUUGGUUUACCGUGUGCAUUGCUGAAAUGGUCACCAACGGGUUCUCGACUGUGCUCCACCACGGUUGGCAAUGUUUUUCGCGUUUGGCAAACCACCAAGUGGACACCAGAUCGCUGGACGAUCAAUCACGGUACAAUCCAGUCGGUUGUAUGGUCCCACACAGGGUCCCAUCUGCUGUUUGUCACCACCGAGGAAUGUUUCCUGUACUGUUUGGGAUUUGUUGAAGACGAAGUGUUCACGGCAACACUGAUCCCUAAGUCAGCGCUACCCAUUGCUGACCUCUCGAAGUUCACUACCGGUCAGGUUGAGGUGGGAGGACGGCCGCAAGCACUGGCCUGGUGUUCUGGGAGUGAAUACCUUGCGGUUACCUUCAAAGACACUUCGGCGAUUGCCAUUUUCAACACGGUCAUUAAUCGAAGCCAGCUGAAUAUCACACCGUCGUGCUUCAUUACCGGGUUGGGCAUUGAAAGCCCAUCGUGCAUUUGCUUCCAGCAAAAUCUUGGCAGACGCCCGAGCAGAAAAAUUAAAACUGUUUUAACCAUCGGAUGGUCCAGCGGUAGAAUACAAUACUUCCCAUUUGUUUGAUCAAUGGCUUUCUUUUCUGUUGAUGAACUAUUCUGCCUAUUUCUAUUUGGUAAAUGUUUCUUCUAAAUAAAAUUUGACUGUUAUCACGAAUAUGCAUUUAAAGAUGAUUCCAUUCUUCGAGAAUGGGGAACCGCUCAAUGAAAAAGCACUUUAACCCGAUUUGAUUAAACCAAUAAAUACAAUAAACCUCGACGGAUUGUGGCUUAGCAUUCACCGUAAAUGUAACCUAAAGCUUCAGCGGCUUUUACCUUCACCGUAGCAUCUUCAUCUUUAAGCAGAAGCGAUAUCUUAUGACCGACAGGGUCCAUGUGUUGAACGGAGCGGUUCUGCGUGUACAAUAGCCCUGAAAAAGGGUAUUUAGUUGUUGGCACUAGAAAAAAGGAGAAGACUGCUUACCUAUUAAAACAGCUGCGUUCCCUCGAAUCUCCGACCACUGGCUGCGCAGCGAUGGAAGGCAAGCAUCAAUAAAGUCACCAAUCGAAUCUGGUAGUUCUUCUCCCUGAUUAAAAAAUUAGAGGUAAUUGUUAAGAAUUCAGUCCAAUAUCUUACAAUACUCACAAUCAGCUUACUAAAGUCUUUUAUAAAGUUAUUAUACUGCAACUGUCCGUGCUCUAGCAGGUGGUUUUGCGCCAAUUGAUUCAUCUUGGGCGUAGCUAACAGUGUGCACACAUUUUUCAGUGUGAUUUUACACGCCUGUAAACAGGAAACGUUUAAGUUAACAAAUCUUUUACCCCGGUUAACCCUCAUACCCUCGCAAUCAGAUUAUUUUCCUCGCACAAGUGCAGCAGCAGCGAGCACAAGUUCGCCUUCAUCUGCUCUAGCAGCGAUUCGGAGGUUGCCGAACCGUUCUCCAAUCCAUUCGAUUCGCUUCUCGGAACCUGCUCGACUGCCGUUUUAGGUGGAACCUUCUGAUGGCAGAGAUCUCCA